AUGAAAACCAGCAUUCCCAGGUUAAAUGGAAUCCAAAGCACCAAAAAUACCUUGUUGGUUGUGGAUCGCGAUAUGUUGAUGCAGCUGGCCCAUAGUGGCACCAUAGGAAUGAGGAAACGAAGUUCUUGGUGCGGAACAAGGCUCAACACUAUCACUCCGGAGGCCAUUGUCAAGAACGAUGUGGACCUAAUGCUAUUUGUCGUGAAUGGAAAAGCUAGAAAUAUGAGCGGGCCAAACAUGCGUGACUUGGGUGGCUAUCAGUGUCAUGAGCGCGUAGAUCAGUUUGAUGAGCUUGUAGGAACCGACUGGCGACUCUCCAAGGCUCUGCACGACUAUUUGGAUCCACUUAAUCGGCACGAUCGAGCGACAUGCGUGUUGGAACUCCCACGGCACAUUGUCUCUGAACAGCGGCUGGAAGGUCUGGAAGAACUCGUCCGGAUGGAUGUACGAGAGCCAGGAAACCGCCUCGAGUCGGAGAAAUAA